AUGGUCAUUGCAGUUACAAUGCAUAGGUUUCUUUUACCUUUUCACCCUCUUUUGAACCAGUGCCAUUUGGUACGUUCGGUGUCAUCACUGCAAAAGCUUGAGAAGGAUAUUAGAGCUGAAGUGGAAGCCAAAAACUAUGUUAAAAUCCCUGACCUUCUCAUUCCCUUAGAGUCCUGCCAUAGUUCAAAGAAUAAUCCUUUUUCUUUCUUUUCUUCAUUUUCCCAGAACAUGCAAGUGCAAGUUAUUGAUGAAAUGUUGCAAUCUUUUAUACCUCUCAGACCUCGCUCUAAGCCUAAGAUAGCCCUUUCCUUCUUGCUAACUUACACCCUCCAAAGUUCUCAUCCGCUCCCAAUUGCACUUGCUGUCCUACAACGGACUCUGCGUUCUGGCUGCUUUCCAGUUCCUCAGACACAUGUUCUCCUCACUUCUGCUUGGUUGGAUCACCGUUGUCUCUCUCAUUCUGUAGCUAAUGUUUUGCUUGAGAUGCAGUCAAUUGGAUAUCAUCCUGACUGUGGGACUUGUAAUUAUCUACUAUCGUCUCUUUGUGCAGUUGGUCAAUUGGCAGAGGCAGUUAAAGUCUUGAAUGGCAUGGGUGGAGCAGGAUGUAUUCCCGAUUUUAAUAGUUAUGGCAUUGUAAUUGGUGCAAUAAGCAGAGCCAGAAAGACUGCUGAGGCAGUGGACUUGAUGAAGCAAAUGGUUGUGAAAUAUGGGUUGACUCCAGGACAGGGAACACUAGUGAAACUGUUUGCAGCAUUGCGGGCAAACAGGGAGAUAUGGAAAGCUGUUGAGAUGAUUGAGUUACUGGAGAAAGAGGGUCACUCUGUUGAGUUCGAGAGUUAUGAGGCAGUCAUUGAAGGGUGCUUGGAGAAACAUGAGUAUGUUUUAGCUGGAAAGGUUGCAAUGGGAAUGACAGAAAGAGGUUUUAUACCAUAUAUCAAGUCCAGGCAGAAAAUAAUUGAAGGCCUAGCUAGCAUAGGAGAGUGGAAGAUAGCUUGUGCUGUGAGACAAAGAUUCACAUCACUAAAAUCUUAG